CGUAAAUGCAAAGUAAUUAAUUAAAUUAAUCAUUCUUAGCAACCUUUUUUCCCUCUUUAAUGUUCACUCUAAACUGUUGAGAAAGGAGAGAAGAAGCGGAGAAGAUGAAGCUCCUCUCUGCAUUUCGAUCGAGUUACUUGAAUCGUCGAGGAAGCACCUUCAGAUCGUUAGAUCCGUCGUCGUUCGACGGAGCUUUCAUCCCCAAGCCAUCUCCAUCCUCAAUCUUCUGGCUAGCGAUUCACUGCCUCUGCUGCUUGAUCAGCUUGAUUCUAGGGUUCCGAUUCAGCCACUUGGUCCUCUUCUUCCUCUUCUCCACCUCCGUCACCAAUCUAUACACCACCACCGCCGGGGUGAGCCAGCUUCUCCAGCUGAAACCUUCGGAGAAAGCUAACGUCACGGCGAAGAGCUCUAGAGUGGUGGUUGGAAGACACGGGAUCCGGAUCCGUCCGUGGCCUCACCCGAACCCGAUCGAAGUCAUGAGAGCUCAUCAGCUGCUCGAGAGAGUGCAGAAGGAGCAGAAGUCGCUCUACGGCGUGAGGAGGCCCAGGGCUGUGAUCGCGGUGACGCCGACUUACGUACGGACGUUCCAGGCGCUUCAUCUGACCGGAGUCAUGCACUCGCUUAUGCUCGUGCCUUACGACGUGGUGUGGAUCGUGGUGGAAGCUGGUGGGAAGAGCAACGAGACGGCUUCGUUCGUCGGGAAAUCGAGAUUGAAGACGAUUCACGUUGGUUUUGAUCAGAAGAUGCCGAAUACUUGGGAAGAUCGCGGCAAGCUGGAGAGUAAGAUGAGGAUUCAGGCGUUGAGGAUCGUGAGGGAGGAGAAGUUAGAUGGGAUCGUUGUGUUUGUUGAUGAUAGCAACAUGCAUAGCAUGGAGCUUUUCGAUGAGAUUCAGAAUGUGAGAUGGUUUGGUGCUUUAUCUGUUGGGAUACUUGCUCACUCUGGUAAUGCUGAUGAGUUGUCGUCAGUCUUGAAGACGAAUCAAGAAGGGAAGCCUUUGUCAAUGCCGAUCCAGGGUCCUAGUUGUGAUUCCUCUGGGAAGCUAGUGGGGUGGCACGUUUUUAAUACACAGCCGUAUGCUACCAAGACUGCUGUUUAUGUUGAUGACAAAGCGGCGGUGAUGCCUAGUAAGAUGGAAUGGUCAGGGUUUGUGUUGAACUCCAGGUUGCUAUGGAAGGAAUCUGCUGUUGAUAGACCGGCAUGGGUUAAAGAUGUUAACAACUUGUUGGAUGGUAAUGAAGAAAUUGAAGAUGGUCCGUUGUCCCUGGUCAAGGACCCUUCCAUGGUGGAAACACUUGAAAGCUGUGGCCGCAAUGUAUUGCUUUGGUGGCUCAGGGUUGAAGCUAGAGCUGAUAGCAAAUUCCCACCUGGCUGGAUCAUAAAGUCUCCCUUAGACAUAACUGUUCCAUCAGAAAGGACACCAUGGCUAGACUCCUCCUCAAAGCUCCCAGUGGUGACCAAAGAAGAGAAAAACAACCAACCAGCCACGGAAAAGCGCUCUGGUACCAAGAGGAUCAAAGAGCAAGAACAAUCGGGGAACACAAGAACCGAAAACUACUCGUUCAAGGAAAUAAAACGAAUAGAAUGAGUUUUCAUUUCGUAUUAUUUUUUCACCGAAGAUAUCAAAAGAAAUUGUUUGGUGUGCAUUCGCUUCAUCCUAUAAAAUACAAAAUUGAUUUAGUGA